CCUCCUUUGUCUGUCUGGCUCAGGGCUGCAGCGCCAGAGGAAAUCAAGAAAUGUCCAGGCGUGGUGGAGGUGGUGGUGAAUGGGGACAAGCUCUGCCUCUGCUCCGAAAAAGACGAGGGAAAAACUACUUUCAAUCGACUGAAGCCUCGGCUUCUGAAAGGGCUAUGGAAAUCAAAAAAAACAAACAAAACAAACAAUUUUCUUUUUUUGAACGAUAUUCGGCAUUGGAGCCAUCGGACCCGACCAAGUUUCGGACACAAAGUGUAGUGUGACCACAAUAUCCGAUAAUACGACCUGUCAUUUUAGAACAGCAAAGUAUUUGUAUGUUUUUGAAGAACCAGACUUGAAUGGAUAUUUGACCUCAAAGAGUGCACUCGCAGCCAGAGGAAGGCCAACCCCGCGCCAAGUAAGAGCCAAACAUGAUGUGAACGGCAACAGGACUGUUCCACCUUUUCCAGAGGGGACAGAGAUGGCCAUAUUUGGUAUGGGCUGUUUCUGGGGGGCAGAGAGGAAGUUUUGGAGACAAAAAGGCGUUUAUUCCACCCAAGUGGGCUACGCGGGAGGAUACACACCUAACCCCACCUACAACGAAGUCUGCACAGGUAGGACAGGCCACGCCGAGGUGGUGAGAGUUGUCUACCAUCCAGAGAAGACCAGCUUCACCAACUUGCUCACAGUUUUCUGGGAAAGCCACAACCCGACUCAAGGGAUGCGACAGGGGAAUGAUAUUGGGACAGCAUACCGUUCUGCCAUCUACACCGACACAAAGCAGCAGCUCGAGGAAGCGUUGGCCUCCAAAGAUCAAUACCAGAAGGUAUUAACUGAGGAAGGAUUUGGUGCGAUUACAACAGAAAUAGCCGAAGCCAAGCCAUUUUACUACGCCGAGGAUUACCACCAGCAGUACCUGAGUAAAAACCCUGAUGGAUACUGUGGUCUGGGAGGGACUGGAGUCUCCUGUCCAAUAGGAAUCAAGACCAAGGCCUAGAUAGCCAAUGACAGCCAAGAACCAUCACCUUCACUAAGUAUGCAACAGUGCUUUAAAAAUGCUUACAGAAUCAAAAAAGCUUUGCAUUUUAAAUAUAUAAACAUCAGGUUUUCAUGAAGGAACAGGAAGUCUAUUAUUUAUACUGUCUUACACCUGUGAACCUAAUGAUGUUGGCAUUUCUCAGAGUUAAGACCAGAGCUCUCUGAAAAUAAACUGUGAUUGUCAAAGCAUAAUAGCACUGCUGGAUGUAACCCAGUGAUUCAGCUCUUUGCUUUUAGUAAAAAUACCAGUGCCUCAAAAUGUAUGAAAAUGACAUGUAUUGUAAAAGUGAUGUAGCAUGUUACUUUUGCGAAAGGCUUGACACAAAAUAUACUCCUUGACAUAUGCAGUACUAUUGCAUAUGUUAGAUAUAUGAAAGUUUAUAUAAUCAAAUUAAAUCUAGUGAAAAAAGUGGUAAAUUCCAACAAAGUUUCAGCACAAAAUGUAUUCAUAAAGGCAUCAAAUUUGAGUCCACAUUUCACUGUUGUUCAUACAUGAAAGAUUAGAUGUUGUGUUGGUGACUGUUUUUAAAUACAACUGCACUGCAGAUAAAAGUCAGGUGUUUUUAUGCUCAGGGUACUUUAAGAAGUCUGUAGAGGAAUUAAAGUUUCUGAAAU